ACCCGCGGUCGCCACCGCGGCGGCGGCCCGGGGCUGCCGGCGUCCGGCCACCUCUUUCCUCCAGCGGCUCGGACUGCACUGAAAACUGCCUUCUCUUUCUGCCUGGGCUUUAGCAAAACCGUGCACACCCCAAAGAGGUAUUUUGUUAAGGGUAGCUAUGAUGAGUGGGCCCUGGAGAUGUGAGACGGGGAGGUAAAAUGCACACUUGCUGCCCCCCAGUAACUUUGGAACAGGACCUCCACAGAAAAAUGCAUAGCUGGAUGCUGCAGACUCUAGCGUUUGCUGUAACAUCUCUCGUCCUUUCGUGUGCAGAAACCAUCGAUUAUUAUGGGGAAAUCUGUGACAAUGCAUGUCCUUGUGAGGAAAAGGACGGCAUUUUAACUGUGAGCUGUGAAAACCGGGGAAUCAUCAGUCUCUCUGAAAUUAGCCCUCCCCGUUUCCCAAUCUAUCACCUCUUGUUGUCUGGAAACCUUUUGAAUCGUCUCUACCCCAAUGAGUUUGUCAAUUACACUGGGGCUUCAAUUUUGCAUCUGGGUAGCAAUGUUAUCCAAGAUAUUGAGACUGGGGCUUUCCAUGGGCUUCGUGGUUUGAGGAGAUUGCAUCUGAACAAUAAUAAACUGGAACUUCUUAGAGAUGAUACCUUUCUUGGCUUGGAGAACCUGGAAUACCUACAAGUCGAUUACAAUUACAUCAGUGUUAUUGAACCCAAUGCUUUUGGGAAACUGCAUUUGUUGCAGGUGCUUAUCCUCAAUGACAAUCUUUUGUCAAGUUUACCUAACAAUCUUUUCCGUUUUGUGCCCUUAACGCACUUGGACCUGCGGGGAAACCGGCUGAAACUUUUGCCCUAUGUGGGGUUGUUGCAGCACAUGGAUAAGGUUGUGGAGUUACAGCUGGAGGAAAACCCCUGGAAUUGCUCCUGUGAGCUGAUCUCUCUCAAGGAUUGGUUGGACAGCAUCUCCUACUCAGCCCUGGUGGGGGAUGUGGUUUGUGAGACCCCCUUCCGCUUACAUGGCAGGGAUUUGGACGAGGUAUCCAAGCAGGAACUUUGCCCAAGGAAACUUAUUUCGGACUAUGAGAUGAGGCCUCAGACGCCUUUGAGCACCACGGGGUAUUUACACACCACCCCAGCCUCGGUAAAUUCCGUGGCUACUUCUUCCUCUGCUGUUUACAAACCUCCCUUGAAGCCCCCUAAGGGAACCCGCCAACCCAACAAGCCCAGAGUGCGCCCCACCUCUAGGCAGCCCUCUAAGGACUUGGGCUACAGUAACUAUGGCCCCAGCAUCGCCUACCAGACCAAAUCCCCGGUGCCUUUGGAGUGUCCCACUGCGUGCACUUGCAACCUUCAGAUUUCAGAUCUGGGCCUAAAUGUAAACUGCCAGGAGCGCAAGAUCGAGAGUAUUGCUGAGCUGCAGCCCAAGCCCUACAAUCCGAAGAAAAUGUAUCUGACAGAGAACUACAUCGCUGCUGUGAGCAGGACAGACUUCCUGGAGGCCACCGGACUGGACCUCCUGCACCUGGGUAACAACCGUAUCUCAAUGAUCCAAGACAGCGCCUUUAGGGAUCUCAGCAACCUGAGACGCCUCUACCUGAAUGGCAACAGGAUAGAGAGACUGAGCCCAGAAUUAUUUUAUGGCCUGCAGAGUCUUCAGUAUCUCUUCCUCCAAUACAAUCUCAUAAGGGAGAUUCAAUCUGGGACUUUUGAUCCAGUCCCAAACCUCCAGCUGCUAUUCCUGAAUAACAACCUUCUGCAGGCCAUGCCCUCAGGCGUCUUCUCUGGCCUGACCCUUCUCAGGCUCAACCUGAGGAGUAACCACUUCACCUCCUUGCCGGUAAGUGGAGUUUUGGACCAGUUGAAGUCACUCAUCCAAAUCGACUUGCAUGACAACCCUUGGGAUUGUACCUGCGAGGUGGUGGGCAUGAAGCUGUGGGUUGAGCAGCUAAAAGUGGGCGUUCUAGUAGACGAAGUGAUCUGUAAGGCUCCCAAGAAAUUCGCAGAGACAGACAUGCGCUCCAUUAAGUCAGAGCUGCUGUGCCCAGACUAUUCGGAUGUGGUGGUUUCCACACCCACACCUUCCUCUAUCCAAGUACUAGUGAGGACCAGCGCCGUGACCCCUGCGGUCAAGUUGAACAGCACUGGGGCCCCGGCGGGCUUGGGUGCCGGCGGAGGUGCAUCUUCCGUGCCCUUAUCGGUGUUGAUCCUCAGUCUUCUGCUGGUUUUCAUAAUGUCCGUCUUCGUGGCCGCGGGGCUCUUUGUGCUGGUCAUGAAGCGCAGGAAGAAGAACCAGAGCGACCACACCAGCACCAACAACUCCGACGUGAGCUCCUUCAACAUGCAGUACAGUGUAUAUGGUGGCGGCGGUGGCGGCCCAGGCGGCCACCCACACGCGCACGUGCACCAUCGUGGGCCGGCUCUGCCCAAGGUGAAGACGCCCGCGGGCCACGUGUAUGAAUACAUCCCCCAUCCAUUGGGCCACAUGUGUAAAAACCCAAUUUACCGUUCUCGAGAAGGCAACUCCGUGGAGGAUUACAAAGACCUGCACGAGCUCAAGGUCACCUACAGCAGCAACCACCACCUGCAGCAGCAGCAGCCUCCGCCGCCGCCGCCGCAGCCCCAGCAGCAGCCCCCGCCGCAGCUGCAGCUGCAGCCAGGGGAGGAGGAGAGGCGGGAAAGUCACCACUUGCGGAGCCCCGCCUACAGCGUCAGCACCAUUGAGCCCCGGGAGGACCUACUGUCGCCGGUGCAGGACGCCGACCGCUUUUACAGGGGCAUUUUAGAACCAGAAAAACACUGCUCCUCCACCCCCGCCGGCAACAGCCUCCCGGAAUACCCCAAGUUCCCAUGCAGCCCCGCUGCUUACACUUUCUCCCCCAACUAUGACCUGAGACGCCCCCAUCAGUAUUUGCACCCGGGGGCAGGGGACAGCAGGCUGCGAGAACCGGUGCUCUACAGCCCCCCGAGUGCUGUCUUUGUAGAACCCAACCGGAACGAAUAUCUGGAGUUAAAAGCAAAACUAAACGUUGAACCGGACUACCUCGAAGUGCUGGAAAAACAGACCACAUUUAGCCAGUUCUAAAAGCAAAGAAACUCCCUUGGAGCUUUUGCAUUUAAAACAAACAAGCAAGUAGACACACAAGGUGAACACAUUUGAUCAAUUGUGUUGUUUCAACGUUUAGGGUGAAGUGCCUUGGCACGGGAUUCUCAGCUUCAGCGGAAGAUUCAGAAAGGGUGUGCAAUUUCCUUUACAUUUUACAUGUGGGAAACGUUUGUGUAAACUGGGCACAUCACUUUCUCUUCUUGUGUGUGGGGUGGAGGAGAGGAGAAGGGCUUUAUGGAGGGCAGUUUGCUGCAAGGGUGACUUAUGUUAAAGGUCGCAGUGGUUUUUUAGUGGUUGGAAGUGCUAAGAAUGGUGGAAGAUGACAGCCCAUAGAUCCUACUAUUCCUCUUUUGCUCCCUCACUCCUCCCUUUCUCCCCCUUUAAGCCAUGGGUGGGUCUAAAUGGCUUUGGUGGAGAGACUAGCACACCCCAACUUUAAUAGAAAGUUUGUUCUCUCUAUUCUUCUCCCUCCCUUUCCACCACCCUUCUUAUUCCUUUCCUUUGUUUUUAAAGGAUGUGUUUGUAUGCAUUCUGGACAUUUGAAUUGAAAAACAAAAUAUUGUGAUCUAGAAAAGGAUCACUAUAGAUGUGGACAAAUCAUUAAAAUUACAGAGCUAUAUGAUCCAUAAUUGAUUAGUCAAAAUAACUUAUUGAUGAAAUAUACAAAUAUUUUAUUGUAGCACCUAUUUUUAUAUGCACAUUUAGCAUUCCUCUUUCCUUCACUAUUUAGCCUAUGAUUUUCACAGAGGUAUCGCAUUGUGUCAGGAACUGCAUUACCAAGACUGAAGUGAUAUCAGGAAGGCAUUUUAAAUCAUUCAAAAUGUGGAGCACUUAAUGGCAAAAAUCUUUAAAAGCCAAUGCAGCCACCCAAUUGGACCUGUAAUUUUUUAAAGCUGAUUAUAUCCCAUUGUAUAAAAGAAAAAAAAAUAGGGCAAUUAAUUGGGCCGUUCAAGAGAAUUUUGUGCAAGUUUUUGGUUUCAUUAGAGAAGAUUUAAAAAUAUUUUUAUUAGUGAACCAAAACGAUGUAUUGAUUUGACUACUAUUGUAGCCGAUUUUCGAUUGUUUAACCAAACCCAGUUGCAUUUGUACAGAUCCACAUGUACUGGCACCUCAGAAGACCAAAUGAUGGACUGUACGAGUAUCUAUACAAUGUCUUUAUCCCUCUGGGCAGCAAGCAAUGAUGAUAAUGAAGAACAGGAUCUCUGUAAGAUGGGGCUAUUGUUGUUAAAGUCUCAUAUGUAUCCCAGCACAUGUAAUUUUUUAAAUAGUUUCUGAAUAAACACUUGAUAACUAUGUCAAAUAUGAGGGAUUGAAGUAAUGCUUACUUGAGGUGCAAAAGACCUAGCUAUGUGUGAUUGGUGGAAUCUCCAAUAUUAACAAUUUAAGAAAUAGUUGCUAAACUUCAUUCAUAACAGAAAUUCCCAUAAUUAUGUUUCAAAUAUAUAUGUAUGUAUAUACAUAUAUGUGUAUAUAUACGCGUGUAUAUAUAUAUGUGUGUGUAUAUAUAUGACUUUGUUGGUUCAGGGAAGUAUGUUCUUCAGAAUGUGUCAGUUAAUAUGUUUAUUAAUGACAUUUCAAUUGUAUAUGCUGUUUCCUCACUGAGUAUUCAACUAAUGCAUGGAACAUGGUAAGUAGUAUACUAUAUUUUCAUUUUUCUCAAUAUCAUGUAUGUCAUCAUAUCAAUAUUAUUUAUUCAAUUUACAAUUUUCUAUAAUUUCCAAAUAUUAACUUAAUGUAAACUGUCUUCAACAGUUAUGAUCGAUACUCUAUCUAAAGUUUAUUAAUGCCCUGAAUGUUCAAGAUGUUAUUGGGUAUAAGCUGUUCACCUCUGAGUAAGGUUUGCUGGUGAUUUUCAUUAGUUUAAUGACAAGAAAUGUUUGACUUAAUCUGAAACUUUAAAAGCCCUGUGUAUCAUUUCUUUGAGUGGAUCUCCCCAUAACCUCACCUGGAAUAUGUGCAAUAUCAAGGGCUGUUCAUGAACUUCACCUUUAAGGAACAAUUGCCAUGGCAUUCUGCCACAAAGAGGCAGCAUUCACCCAUGAGUAAAUUGACAGUAACUACUUGAAUUCAGAUGGAACAGGUGGUAAGUUUCCUUGAAGGAUUAAAAAAAAAAAUGUAAUGCUACUUUGACCAAGUACAGUAAACUAUCCAUAUUCUUUGCAACAUUUUUCCUUCCAAUUUUUUAAGGGGAAAAGAAUAAGCUUAAUAAUGCCAUGAUAUUAUCUUGAAAAAAAAUGUAUCUCUUACUCUUCAUCUACCUCCUCUAUAUAAAAUAUGAGAUUAGAAAAGAAGAAAUAAAUAGUAACAUUUGAGUACAUAUCUGGGAUUGUUACUAAUUUUUCCUCACAAUGGGAAUUAUUUUUCCUUUUAAAAAUGUAUCAUUUCCUCAACAUUAUUAUAUAUAAAUAUGAACGUGUUUUAUAAAUUCUAAAAUAUCAGUACAAAUGUAACUAGACUUUAUUUCUUAAUUGAUAUAUAAAAUGAUAAGGUAAGAUUUACACAAAGCUAAAGAUGUAUUUAUGGAAAAUAUAAGUAAUUUCCAAAGAAAGUUCAUUAAUGUAUUUUUCAAUGAUUUAUAAACUUUUAUUUUUAAAAUCAGUACAAUUCCAUAUCAUCUUUCCAAAUAUUCUCUUUAGGAGUUUUGUUCCUCUUUAUUCUUCCUAAGGUACCCAACAUGUUUUAAAGUUGAAAUAUAACAUUACAUGAUUUACUAACUGAAUAACAGAGGUUACUUUCAAUUUUUAUAUUUUCCCAAAUGUAUAAGGGGGAUAAACAUAAAUUCAUGGUGGAUGAAAAAAAAAUUUCCUGUCAGAGUCAUGAAACUGUAUUAAAUGAAUCAUGAAAUUGUACAAAAUGAAAAAUUUAUUAUUUUUCACUAAGUAAAUAGACUGGUUAUAUCACUGGUACAUUACUAGAUUAAGGAACCCAACAAAAUCUCUCCAUAUAAAUUUGGGUAAUUAUUGUGGUAUUUCAGGCAUCAAUUAAAAUUCAAAUAUGAACUAUACUUAUUCUUUGUGCUUUCUCUAUUUAAUAUGUUGCAUAAUCAUAUGUAAACAUAGUUCCAGGUAGAUAUUAUGAAGCAUCAUUUUAUCUCUGUAUGAUUAUUGUGUGGCUAUUUAAAUUAUCUCAGAUAAAUUAAAUAUAUUUAAUGUAGAUGAAGAUAAUUUGUAUACCUAUAUAAAAAUGAUUUACAUUGUUUAUUUAAGUUAUGAGUUACACAACUUCAGCAAAAAUAUCAUAAUUGGAGCACAUGCUGUUUUUAGGUAAGAUUAUGAUCUUCACACAUGUAAGUGGAAAAUUUUGGCAACUGAGCUGCAUACUGAAGUCAGUUUCUUACCAUUGUUCCCUUCACCCCAGUAGGGAAAUUAAACUAUAUAGAACAUCUAGGUAAAUUGUGGGAAAAGUUACCUAAUCUAAGACUGCAGAUUCUCAAUUUAUAUAUGUGCUAUGCUAGUUACUAGGAUGUAUUGUUGUAAAAUUAUUUAAAUUAAUGUGUAUAAUUCCCUUUCCCCACUCUAUUAUUUCAGAUUCUUUCUGUACAUCUCUGCCCUGAUUCUCUUUCUGUACGUCUCUUCCCUCCCUCUUUCCUUCUCUUUUCUUUCAUUAUUUUUCAGUAGAGCAAGAGAAAGAGUGAGAAUAGUUCACUCCUUGUUUGAAAUGCCAAAGACUGGCUAUUUAAUUUCAAGGGCUCAGUGGAUUGUUCCCAAAGUCACAUGACUCCAAAUUAAUGAAAAUAAACCAGACACAAGUAUGCUUUCAAUUCUGAUGGAAAUACACUCAUUGCAUUUUUCAGAUGACUCCAAACUAAGAUAUUUGCAGGCAUGGCAAAAUUUUAAAGAAUAAAUUUUACACCAAAGGACAAGAAAAAAAAUGAAUAGAAUUAACCCCCCCAAACCAGGCACAUUUAAUUAAUUGACAUUCAAAGGGAAUAAAAUGUUAUGACAGUGGUAACUAAACUGUUAUUGAAAUGACUUUUUAACUUAUGGUUAACAUUCCCAAACCCCUUGGUUUGCAGAUAUUAGUCAUGUGCCUAAAAACAAUCUAACAUCGAUAUAUAAAUAAACCUUAUAUUUAUUAAUAUUUGAUUUGAUAGGGUACAGUUUAUCAUUAAUUUUAAAUCAAUGUAGUGCCUUUUUAUAACUUUAAUACCCAUGCAUAUUUCCAUGAGUUUAUAUAACCUACAUAUAUCAUACAAAAGCAGAUGGAUUAUGAGAGUUACCACAUAUGCAAUUUUCAUCCAGGGUUUGUUAUUUGUAUUCAUAUUUCUAAGACUUUCUCAUUCAUACUUUCAUGUUUCAUGCUUCAGGAAUGUUAGCAUGGGGGAAAGAAGAGUGGUGCAGUAUUUUUGAAACAAUUAAGCAUUUAUUUUUCUGUUUUCAGCAGACCACUUGGCUAAAAGACACAAGCCAAAUAUAUCUCAUGGAACUGUACGAGUAUCUGUACCCAGUAAAAAAAUUUUGUAUACACUUUUUUUUAAGAACUACAUUUAAGGUUAAUUAAGCUUCAGUCAUUUCAGUUAUUUUCUAUGAAAUACUUUUGUAGAUAAGAAUAGAAAUAUUUUAUAGAAAACUGAUGUAAUGCAAAUAUGAAAUAAUUUGGCAUUUAUAUAGUCUCUUGUAAAAAUGUGGUGGUAUAUUGCAUAAUGCAAAAUGUGUUAUACAUUUUUACUAAACAGUAGGAAACUUAUUUCAUAAGAAAAGUAACACAAAAAUAUGUUGAUUGGAUAUCUUCCAAUUACUUCUUUGAAAUUAGCUAUCUCAAUCAAUAAACAUGAAUGAAUAUUAUAUGUGUCUAUAAAACAAAUAUCUACCUGUUAAAAUUCACAUGUAUUUCUAAAAGUUGAAGUUUUAUGAACCAAUAUUUGAUAUUGGUCUGUUAUGAUACUGGUAUCAUGUUAUGAUAAUUGUAACUAAACUGUUGUCAAAGUAACUCUUUAAUGGAUUAAUUAAUUUGUUUUUUUUUUUUGGGGGGGGGGUUGUAGCUUAACAAAUGAAGAGAUGAAAAUUUUGGCUUCUUCUUGAAUGUUCAAUAAUACCCUGGUGUACUUUGGACAAGUUCAUUUGCAUAGCAUUCUUUUUAAGAAGUUUUUUUUUACAUAUCACCAUACAAGUUCAACUCAAAUUUAAUUGUUAUAUUUUAAUACUGAGCCAUAGUUAUAUUCAUAUAUAUAGGUAGGAAAAUGCUUUUAACUUUAGUGUGCAUAUUUUAGAUUUUUACUUAUAAAUCAGUGAUAAUUUAUCAUGUUUUCAACUAAAAUACUUUUGAAAGAAUCUUAUUUUGCUGUUCAUUUAAAAACAAAACUUAAUAUGAUAUGUUGAAUCCAAAAUCAGUGUAUAUUUCAGUUGGUUCGGAGUCUAUUUAUAUAUAAUACAAAAGGUAGUAAUAAAACCAAUUUAAUUAAUUAGCAGAUUUCUUUGUCAGAAGCCAUAAUACCUUACCCAGCAUGCUUCAAUGAGAAGUUCACUGGAGUCAUGCAGACUAAAUUUUUAAAUAUAAAAUAUAAAGAUCAAAAUAUGAAAAUUAAUACUUUAUCAAUUAAUAUACCUACAAUAAUAUAUAUACAUAAAUUACCUACACAAAAAUUAUACCUAUCUUAAACUAUACCUAUAGAAAAUCUUGAAGUCCCAAAUCAAAAGGGUAAUUCUCUUGUGAAAAAUUAAUAAUAAUGGAAAAUUUAUAGCUAUAAUAUUUACUUAAAUCUGAGCUUUAAUAUGUUCUUUAAAUCUCCACUUUAAAUACAAAGUUUAUAGCCAUGUUUUCUUUAUAUCAUUGAAUUUUCCCCUUCCUGCAGUUCUCCUAAAAUAUACAUAUACACAUAUUGUUUUUAUAUUUUUGUUUGUCUAGCAUUUAAGAAUUGAAUAUUAAAAUGCAUAGUUAUGGACAAGCAUUGUUAAAUUGCAAUUAUUUUUUUUCAUUCAAAGAGUAUCCCUCAAUUUUAUAAUAUCCCCCAGUUUUUAAAGCUGAUGAAUAGAAUUUUCAUAUAGGUGCCUCCAAAUGAUAACACAGAAAUUACUUAUACAUUUCAGGGAAUAUUCAAAAACAUU